GACGUGACGUGACAUCCCCUAGUCCUAACCUCAAUUUCGUGUGUUUGUUUACAUUUUUGUAUUUUUAAUUUUUGAUUUUAAAAAUCUUUAACUUUUCUCACUGCAAUGGUCACUUUAAAAGACGCUAAUUAUUCGGAAAUAGAGCACCAGUGUCAGUUGGAAUUGGAGAAAUUGAAAUUAGAAGAGGAAUCUCUAAUAUCAGAACUAAACGGCAUGCUAAACCAAAGAACCUACAUCGAAGACAAAAUCAAAGGCCUAUCCAGAUUGAUGCCCACCUUAAAAGUAAUGAAACACGAAGCCCAAGAACUCGUAACCACCAUAAACGAUAUAUCAGAUAGCUCCGAAAAAAUUAGCAGCAAAAUCAGGCAGUUGGAUUUGGCUAGAGGCAACGUGGACGAGUGCCUCCUGCGAGUAAACGACUUGAUUGACUUGGAAAUUUGCUCGCAAGGUGUCCAACAAGCAAUUCUAGAUUUAGACUACGAAAAAGGUGCUGCUCACGUUCACAGGUUCUUGUCCAUGGACCAGUCUUUGCUAAAAAGAACCGCAAAUGACAUGAAUAAUGUUACAAACAUGCUCAAAUCUGUUAGGACUUUACAGGAUGCUGCUUCACAGUUACGAGCUAUAGUUGAGCAUAAAUUUAAUGAAGCAAUUACUAAUGAAGAUUUAGUUUCGGUGGAGAGGUUUUUUAAAAUAUUUCCUUUAUUAGGGAUGCACCAGGAGGGCAUAAGGGAUUUUUGCUCUUUUUUGCGCACAAAAAUUGGUUUGACUGCUGAUAAAAAUCUUAAAUCUGCCAUAAGUACACCUUUAGCAGACAAACGGCACAGCAUUAUUUAUGCUGAUACUUUGAUACUAUUAUUCGAAGGCCUUGCUAGAGUUAUAGACACUCAUCAGCCUUUAAUCGAAACUUAUUAUGGCCCUGGCAGGCUGUUAUCUGCUGUGAGUAUUUUGCAAAAAGAAUGCGACAAACAAGUCAAGAGGAUUGUGUUGGAGUGGGGCAAAGCUAGACAGAUUCAGAAAAAAAUUCAACAAGUUUCUGAAACUUCUAGGAUGACUUCUAGCGGAAGUUUUAGUAAAAUAGAGAAAACCGAUCCUAAAGAUUUGGAUAUUGUGAUUGGGGAAAUUACUUUGAUGCACUUUAGGUGCGAGAUUUAUAAUAAGUUUUUACAGAGGAAGGUUUUGGCAGAUAUUGAAGUUGGUAUUUCUGAGACUGAACAGAAAACUAAAUCGAUUAAAACUUUGGAGCAGUUAAUUUUGAAUAGUGAUUUGAGCCAGUGCAAACACGAUCUUUUGUCUCAUUAUUUAAGAUUGGAGCAAUAUUUUAUGGAAGAGUCUGUUGCAAAGGCUGUCAAUAUGGAUUCGUUAGAGCCUGGUCAGCAAACGUCUAGUAUGGUGGACGAUACGUUUUUCAUUGUUAGAAAAUGUAUCAGACGUUCAAUUUCAACUGGAAGCUUGGACGGUAUCUGUGUGAUAAUAAACAACGCUUGUCGCGUAUUGGAAAACGAUUACUGUGACAUUUUGAAGGCCAGGUUGAAGCAAGGCUAUCCGUCUGGGUAUUUAGACUUGACUCAGGCCUACAAUGUACUGCACAAUUCUAUACAGCAAGGCAGAUUGCAACCGGGGGAUACUGAACAAUCUAGAACCGCAUUUAUUGUUGCUCUAAAUAAUGCAGACAUUAGUACCGAGUACGUUACAGCAUUGGUUGACAAUAUAAUGAAAGAAAUCGAAGGUGCUUGUCCCAAUAUGAACACCAAAGAACAAGGCAAAUUGGAAAGUUGUUUAUCAGGAAUAUCGGCGGUCAGUGCAAAAUUGAGCGAGAUUAUCGAAUACGGUAUACAGCAAUUGAAAAGUACCGCCAUCAAGCCUAGGGUUAAUCCUUGGGUGGAUACUUUUAUGAAUUUCAGUCAUCAAUUAUCUGAGGAUGAGCUAUCUGCUUAUGAAGCAGGCGAGUCUUUUGUCCAAACUCUCAUAAUGAAUUUGGAAACUUUACUUUCUUCAUUCAAACACAUUUUGAGCACAAAUAACUAUGAAUUGUUUAUACAAGUAUUGACUUUAGAAGUGACUCAGAGAUUUGAAAAAGUAGUUAUGAAGAGCCAGUUUAACAGGUUAGGGGGUUUGGUCCUUGACAAAGAAGUCCGUUCUCUUGCUGGUUAUAUAGUUUCUGGGACUUAUUGGUCUGCAAGAGAUCAAUUUGCCCGUCUAACGCAAAUAGCCACUAUCUUAAAUUUUGACUAUAUUGAAGAAAUAAACGAUUAUUACGGCAAUGCCGAUGGGGCUAUUAAUUGGAGAUUGGCGCCUAGUGAAAUCAAGACAGUAUUAAAUUUGAGGACUGACUUCAAAUCGGAAGAAAUAAAAAGAUUGCGUCUUUAAGACUUAAAUACAUAUUAAUUUUCUUAUGUUAUAAAAACUUAAUAUAUUGUUUAAAAUGCUUAAGUUUCAUUUUCAUUACAAUCAGUAAAUGCACA